AUGGCCAAGGUCAAGUGCUCGUUCGACGACUGCAAGUCGGCUGCCCAACGCAUCGUGGGCGACUGCACUUUCUGCAACGGCUCGUUCUGCAAGAACCACCGGCUGCUAGAAGACCACAAGUGCCAGAACCUCGAAGACGUAAGUUGCUCCUCCUCUGGUUCCUCUGGCUUACCCGCCCCGUCGCAGUGGUGGCUGGUGGGCUUGGCUGGUGUGUUACCCGAGGACGUGCUGGCUGACCUGUUGUCGUAUCAGUGCAAGCGCGAGGCUUUUGAGCAAAACGCGAUGCAGCUUAACAAGGAGCGGACGCAGGUCAUCAAGACUGCGUGA